AUGUUAUUGAAGAUUUGGGUAGUGAUAAUAAGUUUUAUAAGUAUAGUUCCAUUAUUCUUAAUAGCUCAAAAUUCUCCAAAAGAUUAUCUUAAAGCUCACAAUGAUGAACGUGUAAAAGUUGGGACUAAGCCACUGAAGUGGGACCAGCAGCUUGCAUCACUUGCUCGCAAGUUUGUGAAGAAACAUAUUUUUGACUGCAAGAAGGGAACUUAUGAUAGAAGCUUUAUCGAUGGUACUAAAUAUGUCCAAAGCUUUGUAUAUCAUCCAGAAUCCAUAUCAGGUGUCGAUGCUAUUAUAUGCGAUGCAACUACUUCUUUAGGUUGUGCUAGAGUCAAGUGUCGUAAUUAUGAAGGCACCCUUAUUACUUGUUUAUAUUACCCUGCAUGCCAUCUUCCGGGUCAAAGUCCCUUCAAAGAGUACUUGAAUGAAUUGUUCUUUGUUUCGGUUGAAGGCAAUUGGGAUCAAUCAUUCGAUUGGGGUAAGGCUAGUGGGUUGGUGAGUGGAGACGUUUGGAAGAGAUUGGUCGAAAGUCGAUUGAAGUAG